AUGUUUGACAUCUAUUUCGGUUGGCAAAAAGCUUCCAAGUGUAAGAAGCUGAUGAAGCUUGUUCGGUGCCGCCUGAAGCUUCUAAAGAACAAAAGGUCUACAACUGCGAAACUGCUUCGGGAGGAUCUAGCUAAGGUCAUCGAACUUGGCUACGAAGAAACUGCUCUUAAAUGGGCUGGGCAGCUUGUUGAAGAAGAGAAGAUGAUGGCGGUGUAUGACAAGGUGGAUCAAUACUGUGAAUUUGUCAAGUUUCGAUUACCAUAUAUUCGCAGACACAGGGACUGCCCUGAUGAUAUCAACGAGGCAAUUUCAAGCCUGAUGUUCGCGUCUGCAAGAUGUGCAGGUCUGCCGGAACUUGCAGCGGUUCGGAAGCUCUUCAGGAAGCGUUACGGCCACGGCUUCGAGACGGCGUCCGUUGAGUUACUUCCUGGGAACCUGGUGAACCGUGAGAUACGAGAAAUUCUUCGCAUGAAAUCCGUUUCGGAUGAUAUGAAGUACCGGUUGAUCGACGAAAUAGCUGGAGAAUACUGCUGUAGGCCACAGCCUGAGAUCUUGGAACUCGAAUGCUUUCCUCGGGUGCAGACUGAAACGGAAGGAAAACCCAUACAAGUUGUCGAUCCGUCCAUUGGUAUCAUCGGAUCGAAUUCGUUGUCCAGUCACCGCCCUAAUUACGUCCACCCUAAGCUGCCGGAGUAUGAAGACGUGGCAGCCCAACUCAUGGAUCUUAAGAUGGAGCAUCUGCUGCAUAAGCAUCUCCUGGGUGCAAUUGCUAAGAACGAAACUUAUGUAAUUCAUUAA